ACUGUCAUGAACGCGCUACCCUUAUCAUUUUAGUCGAAACGACAUUUAAAACAUUCCGAAUUUUUACCCCCUUUAAGACGGCUCAAUCUGGCAGCACUGCUCGUUUCCGAAAGGUUCUCCAUUACCAGCCACCCACUUUCCUUCAUGGCACAGCAGACGAUAUUUUGAUAUGAAACAUUACAAAAUGGAUUGAUUUUGUUGCCCAGUGGUGUUGUGUUGUUGUCUUGUGAUUGUGUUUGCGCUUCGCUGCAUCGCAUCAUUAUCGUGUCAACUGUGACAUUCUUGAGAAGACAAAUGAUGUUCGCUGUUCUUUGAACAGAGCCCAGAUUCGCGCAGGAUUUCCUCCAAAGCUUCUGCUCGUCUCGUCUGUGGGCCUAAAGCACGAAGACCCAUUAAACCGCAUCUUAAACUAGACCUGUGCCUCGUCUGCAAUGAUUUCAGUUGCCGUCAAUGUGGAAACCUUCUUGACUAGAAGUUUGAAUCGCGACAAUUAAAAUAUACCCAGUUUGCCAUGAACAGUCAAAGCUUCACAUUAGCAGAGCGGUUAAUACCGGCAACAUAUCUGCAACAAGCAGCUGCUUCAAAGAAAACUCGUGAGAACCUCAUCAGACAACUCAUUGAACAGAGAAAAUGGCCGGAAGAAGGAUGGGACGAUGCAACAAUAGAGUUGUUGUUAGCGGACUUAGCUCAAAUGGACAGCAACAAUUUCCCUGAUAAUUGUGGCAUUGGGGAAAGAGAAGCAAGAUUUGCAUCAGCUUUGGUAGCACGGCGACAUUACCGAAUCGGUCAUGGUAUCGGCAGAUCUGGUGAUUUAGGGGAGGUUCAACCAAAGGCCGCAGGAUCUAGUCUUAUGAUGAAGCUUGUCAAUUCCUUGUUGCUGGACACAAUUCGUUACAUGGGUGUGAAGACAACAGCAGGAUGUUUUAUGGUACCAAUGGCAACUGGCAUGACUUUGGUAUUAUGUAUGUUAACAUUAAAGCAGGACCGUCCAGGAGCAAAGUUUGUGUUGUGGUCUCGCAUAGAUCAGAAGGCGUGCUUCAAAUGUAUUCUCACAGCAGGUCUUCAACCAAUUAUCAUAGAGACAGUAGCAUCAGGAGAUGAGUUGAAAACAGAUUUAGCUGCAAUGGAACACCAAAUGUGCACAAUAGGAUCAGAUAACAUUGUUUGUGUACUAACAACAACAAGUUGUUUUGCUCCUCGUGUGUCUGAUUCUCUGGAGCAAGUUGCAGUGCUUUGCCAACGGUUUAACAUCCCUCAUGUUAUAAAUAAUGCAUAUGGCCUUCAAAGUUCUCGAUGCAUGCAUUUAAUUCAAGAGGCUGCAAGGAAAGGCCGAGUUGAUGCUUUUGUACAGAGCACUGACAAGAACUUCAUGGUUCCUGUAGGCGGUGCUAUUGUCUCAGGUUUUGACAAGGGUCUUCUAGAACGCAUAGCUAGAAUUUAUCCAGGGAGAGCAUCAUCUAGCCCAGCGAUAGAUGUGUUUAUCACUCUUCUGUCAUUGGGAAUCAGUGGAUAUAAGACUUUAGUCACACAGCGGAAGGAAAUGUAUAAUUACUUGCGGGAUGAACUUUCAAAAGUUGCUACAAAGCACGGUGAAAGACUCCUUGAUACUAAAAACAAUCCUAUUUCCAUGGGCAUGACCCUAAACUCAUUGGUGACAUCUGAUCCAAAGUCUGUAACAAUGCUGGGUUCUAUGUUGUUUUUACGAUGUGUGUCUGGCACCCGAGUGGUGUCCACAGUUGAUUACAAAGAGGUUGCAGGGUACAAAUUUGAAGGCUGGGGAGCUCACACAAGCAAGUACCCAGUCCCAUACCUCACAGCAGCUGCUGCCAUUGGAAUGCAGAAGUCAGACGUGGAUCAGUUCAUCAGUCGUCUGGACAAAGUUAUAAACAAGCUCAAAGGUCGCAGUGCUCCACAAACACCGACAUCAGUGGAGGAGCUGGCCAUGAGUGGGCGCCGUUCCAAGCGCUCCAUGAAUGGAGAAGUGAGCAGCAGCAGCGAACGGGGUGACAGGGAGAGGGACAGGGACCGAGACCGAGAGAGGGACCGAGAUCGGGACCGGGAGCGCGACAGGCGAUCCAAUAGCAAUAGAGGGGGGGGAGGAGGCAGUUCUCUGGAUGGUGAGACGGGGAGCAGCAGGAGCAGAGAGGAGGUCAGAGCAGCCGCAGCACGGUCAAGAGGGACCUCAGGAGCGGCCGCAGCCUCACCUUCUCUUAAUGGAGAGGUUAGUGUUAGUGGGAGCGGAAGUGGUGGUGAUGUGCGAGCAGACAUCAACUCACACAACAGCAGCAACAGCACCUCACUGGCCAGCAGCAAGGACAGUCUUCGCAAGUAGUGCAUCAUCAUCAUCAAUGACCGGUGUACACAGAAUUGUUGUUCAAUUUUGUGUACUGCCUAGUGUGAACCUUUUAAGAGGACAUAGUUAGAGAACCUUCUCAUUUUGCAUAAGUAGAGAAGUAGCCGUUUUACUUAAACAUUCCAUAUCGGUGUAGGUGUGCUGGCCGAAUCUAGUCAGGAAUAUUGAAAUUAUUCUUAUUACAGAGAGUGCAUCAUGUGUUAAUUCCAUAGAAAAGAAAACUGUUCCUUUUAGCCUUAUUGCAGAUGAAGUUCAUGCUGUUUAGUUUCUUGCCAUUUAGUUACCUUAGUAUGCUUUAUUCAGCAUAUUAAUGUUGUUCAGUUAAGGGAAAGAAUGACGCAGAAUAAAAGUAAUUGUUACUGCUUUAAACAGUAUGCAUGCUUUUAAUACUCAUUCUAAGACGUGGAAAUAAGGCAUUCAGUGAUUGAAAGUGUAGUUUUCCUUGGUUCAGUGUUGGGAAAAUGAUUUACAAAGUUUAAAUUCAACAAAAGCAACAUAUUGCUGCUAAACUUAUUGUCCAUGGUUUUAACUUAGAGCACAAACAAUUGAGUCUUCACUUGUAGGUCAGUGGCACCAUUACUUACAAUAACUUCUUAGAAGGGUUACAGAGGAGAAGUCUUUUUAGUGGAGUGAAAUGUGGGUGGCUUGAAGCAGACUGAGAUUGUCAUGAACGUAGUGUCUCACAAUUGCCUGCGGUGAAGGCACUGCAAGCUGUGCAAGCUGUUAACAAUUUCCAUAAAAUUGAAUAAGUCCCCAUGUUAACUGUGGCUUAAUCUGUAGUGUUGCUUUUGGACGAAUCAAAAAAAGAAGUAUCCACCUUAAUUUUUUAGAACUACGAAAAGUAAUUACCAGUAUCCAUUUACUGUAAAAGCAAUGCUUCUGACAGCUUAGAAUAAUCUUUGGAUAGUUGCAAGUUGAAACUUCUUUCUUUCACUCAAUUUAUUUCCCACAACACUCACCAAUGUGACUCUUAUUAUGAGUAUCUCCCUUGUAUUUUAUUUUUCAUUUCACUUAUAUUUUUAAAUCACUUAUCUCUUCUUUUAGGCGCUCUAUACUUGUGUCUUUGUCUUUCAUGUGAAUCUAAAUGGCUAAGUAUACCUCUUUACAAUUGAAACGAACAAAGGUUAGGUACUCUUUGUUCUAGUACCUUUGUGACACAUGAUCUGAGGUUCACAUUAGAGAUUCUUUCUUUGUCUUCAGCAUGUGAACUAAUGUUUCUCUUAGAAGUGGCACAGAUGCGUCCAUGUACUUGGUUGCUCAAUUUAGGUUUGUAAUGAGUAUAUUUACUUUGGUUUAGUUGUUAAAUUUUGGUGCCAGUGUUAAUAAUUGUUGUUAAUGCAUAACUAGUGAGUGGGAAUGCAUAAAUUUAUGUUAAGCGAUUCCUCAUCUUAAUGCUUUAGUCAUCAUACAGUCUUAGACUAUUCUCUUGCAGUUUUGGAAUACUCCCAUCGUUAUACCAUUUCUUUAACCUUUCAUUUGAUUUUUUGUCUGUGUUAGGUAUUUCUUGCCAACAUUUCCAUUUUGUUAAAAGUUUCAAAGCCCUGUUUUAUGCAAAGAAGUCAUGCUGAUUCGAGCUCAAAGGGACCACGAUGGAGUGUUCAAAUUAGUUGUAUAGGAGAUUUGUAAUUGAGGUGUAUAGUUUCAUUUCAUUCAUUGUUAAUAUCCACUUAACAUCAAUGAUCUGGUUUAUUUAAUGGCUAAUUCUUCAACAAAAUGUUGAGCUCCAGCUCACAGAUUUUUUGUUAUUUGCUUUUUUACUGUUUUUAGUUCAUACCAUGCCAGUAUUCUUUCCAGUUAAUACAGUUUUUUUUCAUCUUUUUGUGGAACAUUGCUGGAGGGGGAAUUUAGUUACCAUAUCUUGAAUUUCCAUUUAUUUUAUUUUCUUUUGUGCACAUUUUCCAUAUUGGUCAGUAUUAUUAAGCCUUACUUGUUUUUUUGUUUAAAAUGGAACGUUUUUUUUUUUUGCUGGCCGUCAAUGUGUUAUCUUUAGAGUCCAUAUCUUGUGAUAGGUGAGAUCUCAAUGUCAGAUGUUUUAGUUGGGCAUCUGCUUUCGAUCUGUCUCAACUAAGUUGUGAUAAUAUAACAGGUUCAUCUCUCUUUUGCCAAUCUGCAAAUGCUUGAAUGGAAUGCAAGUCUAAGAUUUAAAUAGAUACCACACUCAGACAUGUACAAUGGCAACCUAUGCAUUCAAUGUAUAAUUUGUACCAUCAUUAGUGUCUUCCAUAGUUGCCCCCAUGCAGAUCAUUUGGCUGAUUAUUGUCUCUUGUUCGAGCAUUUCAGAUUGUCCUUUGAGAAAACACCAUUUGAUUAAUGGAAACUUAGCUAUUAUUCUUCAUCACGAACAUUUUGUUUAUGUUGUUGCUUCCAUGUUUUAGUCUGUGGAAGCCAUACCACUCUGAAAUCAAACUGUUGUAUCAAUAUUUUACAUGAUUUUUUUUUUUGUUAUUGGGAACAUGUUGCUAUUGCUUGCAUGGUAUUCAUGCUAUUGCUUGUUAUUUUUUACUCUCUCUCUCUCUUGUUAGGAACAUUUUCUAGUCAUGUUAUUGGUCUAUUUUAUCUAUGGAAGUCAUUAAUUACCUUGAGAUGUGAAUUGUAAGGAAACAUCUUUUUUCCCUAUUUUAUGUUAUUGAUUAUGGUUUUUCAGUAUCUGAUCAAACUUAAACACAACCAUUUGUUUGCAUGGUUUCAGGCAUGCAAACCCUUGGCUUUUUAAAUAGGGAACAUUUAUGUAAGACAUAUUCCAUCCACUUUUGUCCAUCCAUAGGACACAUGCAUAGAAGUUUCAUUUUGUUUCUUGCUACUCUUGUUUCACCUUCUGUGGUGUCCCAUUCAUUUUCUUGCCUCCCCCGUCACCUUAUAAAAAACACCCCAAAAAAAUGCAAACAAAAGAAAGUCUUCUUCUUUUUUUUUGCCUUUGUAAAACUUAAUUUCACUGCUCUUCUAUUUCCUUCACUUCUCUCUACAUUUGCUUUACUUUUCCCCCCACCCCCUCCCUAUGUGUAAGAGAAAGUUGUUUUUAUUUUCCUCUCGCUUUGUGUACCAUUUUUAUCACAACUUUAUUAACAUUGUAGAUCAUUGGCUGACAGCAGCAACAAAUACUGCUGUUACCACCCUCUGAUCUCACUAGACACAUAUUCCUUCUGUUUGGUAUAAGUUUAGGUAUAGGAACUCAUACUUACAUUUCUAAAAGCCUGUUACUUAUUUUGAUGUUUGACAAGACAGUAGAAUGAUACCCAUCAUGGAGCAACAAGCAAUGUUCAAAACAUAACAGUGUUUUGAUUUAAUUAUUUAAUUUUGCAGAUUUUUCUACCACCGUUUUGUCAUGUGUGUGUAUGUGAGUAUGUUGACUGUGAAAGUGUAAUUUAUUUUUGAAACUCUGUUUGCUUUAAUCUUCAAUGACUUCUUAUGUGUGCUCCACUUGGUCAGCAGAAACCCUAAAAACUAGAAAACAAGAAAAGGAAAAAAAAAGUUGAUAGCUCAUUUCUGGUAAUUCUUGCCUUCCAUUAAUGAAUAAGUGAUUAUUUGUGACCUUCAGAUUGUUUUUGGCUAAAUCUUAUGAACCCCCAAAAUUUACUGCAGAUUAGAUUAGCGUGUCUUUUUACAUACAACUAUCUUCUGCAUAGAUUAGAGCUUGUAAGUGUCACCAAUAUUAAUUUUAGCAUUUUUACUGUAUCCAUAAACAUACAAAGAAGUUCCUCUGAAAUUUUUAAGCAGUUUGUAAAUGGAGUGUGCUUCUGAACCUCUAUGACUUGCUUCUGUGGGUAUAAUAUUUUAAAUGGAGUCAGGAGCAGGAUUCCAUUCAAGAGUGAACAACUUUUUUUACUUAUGCGUUUUGCUACUGCAAAAUUGCAUUAAACAAAUAUUGCUUGUCAGGAAUACCUUGUUCCUGUUAAACUUAAGAUCAAAAAUUUGUUGUUGUUUGCUGUAUUCUUGUAACACUUUUCCUGGACAUGAGCAAUAACAUGAAAAAAUUCAAUGUUCAGAGAUUUGUGUAGGUUUUCCUGGUAUUUAGUAACAAUAAGGAGGUAAAAUAAAAGAGAGGGAACUUUGUAAGUUUUGCACAAUUGAAGACAUCAUACGAAGACUGAUUGGUUCAAAGGGGUAACAUGAUGUUUUAAUACCUAGAAAUUUCACUGAUAUGCUAUGCAUUACAUUGCAUGUAUCAGUAUAAAUAUUUGUGAUCAUUAGUCCUCAUUCCUGAUGUUAUUGUACAAUAAACUGUGCAAGUGUUUGUCAAGCACAGGAUGGUACGUGGCAUUACUAUUGAUAUUAUUAGGUGUUAUUAAUUUUGUUGCUGCUGUGAGUGUUAUGUGAGCGACUGUAGGGGUUUGAAAUAUUGUUAAUCCAUAUGUAUUUUAAUCCUUUAAUUAUUUCUUCUUUGCUGACAUGCUACAUGCUUCUCAUAUGAAUCCAGCAUUUUGAUCUUUUACAUAGAUUUAUUGUUAGUGGGAGAUUUGGUGAUAUCAUGUCUCACUCUCCGGCCUCCACGACUACGUGUGUCACAAUUAGUUUGAACAGGGUUUCCUUUAAUUGUAGGAACCCAUCUUAGUUUGAUAAUGGACAACAUUUUCUAUUACGUUCCUCAUUAACCACAAUAACCCUUUAAAUUGGUAAAUUCAAAAUAAAAGUGACCUUUGAGGUUUCAUUAUGCAUAGGAUAAUAGAGCACAAGCAUUCUCAUAGUAUCAUGGGGAAUCCACCAUUGUUGUUUCAAUGUUUUUACUUUAAUCACUUGUUUCAAACCUGAAAGAUUUCAAGUCAAUCACUGGGCUCAAGGAAAUUGUGGUCAUGAAAGACAGAUGUGGAUGUGGUACUUGUUCUUUAUUCCAUUCUCUCUCUCUCUCUGAUCCUCUCCACUUCACUUUUUGUGAUGACUUGACUUCUCACUUUUAACAUUAUUCAGUUAGGGCUAGUAUACUGAUGCUUUGUUACGUUUUCCUAACACAAAUGUUGUGACUAUGUUUAUUUUAUAAGCACAAUAGUUCCCUAGUUCAUUAAUUUUUGAUUUUGUUGUAGAUUGUUAACUAUUGAAUUUUUGAACUUGUUUAGUUUUUGUCUGUUGAAAGGGGUUCAUGUUCUUGUUGAUUUAAAUGAGAGGUCUAGGGUAAUGCCACAUGUAAAAAAGACAGCAAGUAUUAGUGGCUAGGUGCAGAUUGAAGUUCAAGUGAAGUGCCCUCCUGUGAACCGUGACAGUUAUUUGCCUGGUGCAAGUGAUAAGAUUUUACUAGAUUAUUCUUCAUUUCUAUUGUUGUGGAACUUCAUUGCCCGUUUCCUUUUUUGGGCCAGCAUUAAAGUAUUUUUUAGUGUUCUUAAAGGCAAUGACGCAAUUGUUAUAACCUAAUAUGUAAGAGAGAUUCAACCAUUGUAGGCAUUCUACAUAAUUAUGCCUGAAAUAGAGCUAGGUAUAAGUGCUUUCUUGCCAGUUUUAUAAGUUACCUUGCUGCUGACCUUGCAGAAGAACACCCCAAGGCCUUUGGAGCGUUUAUUAACUGUCACAAAUUAAUCUGGAAUCCUUAACUUUUCCCCACUUUGGUUUGCUAAUAAACCAGAACCUCAACCUUGGUGGGAUCAUGGUUUCUUGAAAACUUGGAUUGUCAGAUCAAGUUUUUAUUUUGUUCCCCUCCCUAGCAUAUACUAACCUACCUCUUGUCUGCUUACUGUAUGUGCAAGCUUCACUUUUCUUACUGUAGAAUUCACUGAAUUCUUAACUUAUGCAACAGUCACUAGUGAAAAUGAGGAAGCAUAGCAGUGCACCUGAAGUUAGGUGAAUGUAUGAUUCAUGCCUACAGUCAUUAUACUUUCACAAUCGAUAUUGAUCUAUUCUGAUAUCAUUGGUAAGCCACUUAGAACGUAUUUUAUGAGCAAGAUCUUAACUGUAAAUAAAAUUUCCGCCCUGUAGUAAAAUUGGUACUUACAAGAAAGAAAA